AUGUUCAAUGAGUAUGAGAUUGAGGACAAUUCGCAGGUGGUCAAUGUUGGGGGGCCAAAACAGACCACAGAAAGCAAUGAAAAUUACAAUCCUAUGGAAAUUGAGAAAGGACAUGCUGAUGAAAUAAGAGAGGAUAUGCAAGACCCAAGACUUGACCAUAUAUAUCAAGUACAAAACAGUAAACCAGGUACAAGUGGGCCCACCAAAAAGGGAGAAGUUAAAGGACUAAAAAAAAGAUAUACAAAGUCAGCAAGGUUGACUGAUUCUAUAAAAAAUAACAAAAAGUUCCUUGAAAUAAGCCAGAAAGGCAUUGUUUCCACAGAUACUUACAGGGAAACAAAAUUACAGUUACUUAAAAAACAUUAUGAAACCAAAGCAAAUUAUUAUCAACAAAAAAUAGAGGCUCUAAAAAGUAAGGAAAACUGUAAUGAAAGAAUAAUUAAUAUUUUAACAAAUAUUUCAAAUGCAGUCAAUAAAAUUGUUCCUGUAACUAAAUGA